GGAUGUCGCUGAUGGCCCCCGCCCAAUAAAACAGCUCGGCCGCCCAGCACCUUUGCCACCCACGCUUGUGAAAGCCGAGAUCCUUUACUUCCAACGUCACCGCCCGCGGCAGCCUACGCAAGCAAACCGAAAUAGAUUGAAUAAGAAGAAGACAAACGACAACCAGUCUUUUGUUUCAUCUCUUGCACUGGCGCACGCAUAACAUCCUCACUUAGUUCGCCGGUUGCAGCACUUCGGCCCAUCGCUCGACCAACACAACACAAAACACCACUCACACAACUUCACUCUGCUCGCCACAUCAUGGCCGCCGAGCUCAUCAUGCCUACCCUCCCUGGCAACCAGCAGCAGUCUCGCCAUUUCCUCCACAACCGCCCAGUCCAGCACACACGGUCGCACUCCUACCAAGUCGCCCCCGCUCCUCUCAACACCAACCUUCCAGCUCACCAUGCCUCUACGCCUCCCUCUCCCACACGGAGCGGCAGCAUGACGCCUGGUGCUCGUCCGCUAUACAUGCCCGCGGUGCUGCGGCCCAACUACGAGUUCCCUCCGCAGCCGCUGUCCAAGUCCCCCAGCGCCAACUCCGACUCGGGCUCCGACACCACCCUGCGCCGCACAAACACAGGCCUGCUCAGCUUGACCGGCCUGGGCGCCAUCGGCAACCGCCUCUCGCGCCGCUCUACCAUGGAGAGCAGGAAGAGCGUCGAGGGCGAGUGGAAUCUCGACAUGUACCCAGAGGUCAGCAACCAGCCGACUCGUAAGCAUUGGAAGCCCGAUACCGAGUCCACCAUUUGCGAUGACGCUAGAUGCUUCCGAACCUUCAACUAUUUUACCCGCCGGCACCACUGCCGCAAGUGUGGCAACAUCUUCUGUGACUCGCACUCCAACGCUACGCUCCCUCUGGACGAAGAGGCCAACUUCAACCCGCGCGCUGCCCCCUCGCGCACCUGCAAUCACUGCUUCGAACAGUUCAAGUCGUGGCAGUCUCGCCGCAACAGCGAGUCUAUCCCCUCUUCUACCGCUGCCUCGACCGUCACCCCGGCCUCUGCCGUCCCCAAGAACAUGCGUAGCCCCGCCAUGCCUGCCAACCCUCACAUGGACAACUUCAACCUCCCUGCGGCAAAGGACGUAGCGGCUUCUGUCCCCCGCGACUGGAACUGGAGCACCUUCUGAAGAAGAGACCAUCCUCCGCAAUUACCGCUACUAUUAUCACGAUACUACUCCCCCAACGGCUGCUUCCCGAACCAGCGGCUAAGGCCAUGCUGCGCUCCGGCCAUCCAUCCCCCCGCACUUGUUGCGACGGCCACCACCUACGAUACCCCGUUCAUUCGAGAACAAUCUGCUGCGAACCCAGCUCCUUUCUCGAGAGCAUUGAAAUAUGCUCAGAACGCCUUUUUCAUGUUUUUUGCUUCUUUUUUUUUUCUUACCACCCGUUUGCUGCUGCGUUUUGUCUUAUCAGCGAAGCAUAGCGAUUACCACGUACGUACGCACGGGCCAGAGAGUGAUAGCCGCUCUCCUUAUCAGCGCCAGAUGGUACCAGCAUAUACAUCUACCAGAAGAAUAUUUGCAAGAGACGCAAACUUAUAUAUAUUAUACGUAAUGAUGCAGUUAGUCUUAUCUUUUUAGUAAGAUAUUUAUUAGAGAUUUUGAAGCAAAUCCUUUUCCGACGCCGUGACUUUUAAACAUCAAUUCCAUAAAGUAUUAACACUACACCAAGGUAAUCUAUCACAGCCAUUGGCAGUCAAUCUGUACCAUAGAUUGGUGAUCAUGUAGAUAUAGUGACAACCACUAGUCCAUCUCCCAUCGGCCACUCUUACCACCAUCCUUCAACACUACCCGCAGCCCUUCCACCACCAUCCCCCGAUCUACCGCCUUACACAUAUCAUACACUGUCAAGGCCGCCAUACUCGCCGCCGUAAGCGCCUCCAUCUCUACGCCCGUCUUACCAUCACACGCUACCGUCGCUACAACCUCCACCUUGUUCCCUGCAGGAUCGAGCUCGAGAUCCACAGAGACCUUGGAGAUCGGAAUCGGAUGGCACAGCGGGAUCAGGUCUGGCGUGCGCUUGGCUGCCAUGAUGCCCGCUAUGCGUGCGACGCCCAGCACAUCGCCCUUCUUGAGUGUGUUGGAAAGAAUGAGUCCCGGGGCUGGGCUCGACUCAGAGAAGCGCACGGUGCAUGCUGCUUUGGCGAUGCGAGACGUCACGUUCUUAUCGGAAAUUGAAACCAUGUGUGCCGCGCCCGACUCGGAGACGUGUGUAAGUUUGAGUGUGCCGUCGUCGUCUUUUAAACGUCGGGCAGAGGUUGAAAAGUAGCGCGUAGAUGGGGAGAAAGUAGAUGUUGGCAUGGCGAAGUGGUUGGAUAGCAGGGCCUUGCCGCGUGGCGAGAUCGGGCCUGUUAGAGAUGGUGGUGUGUUGUGGCCUACGUCACUGUUCAGCUUGGAUAUCUUAUCACUUGUAGAAAAUGAUCGUAGAAAGAAAAAAACGCCUUUUUAUAUGCUGCGCUAUGCUGUAUGUAAUGUCCGGAAAUAUACAAAACAAAGUAGACAACUACCCACCUAUCAAAAUCAUGGGCCGGUUCUUCAUGUGCUCCAGCGUUCCGAGGCCGGCGUGUUUAGCCUUUUUUCUCUUUACCGCCAUGCCAAUGACAUCGAGCAGUUCCGCUUCGUUGGGUGGUGUACCAAGCGGUUGGCCAGUAAGUGCCGAGUUUUGCUGGCGCUCGGUUUUUAACGUCUUGAGCGCUUCAAACGCUUGUUCGUCAAUGGGCUCGCCGUUGUUGGACUGGCGGAGAAUAUCUCGUAGGGAGACUUCGGCGUUGCCAAAUAGACAGACCUUAAGAUUUCCGUCGCUGGUAAUGCGCAGGCGGUUGCAGGUACCGCAAAAGUUGUGUGUCAUGCUGGUGAUGAAGCCGAGGCGUCCCGCAAAACCUGGGAUAUGCCAUGUCUUUGAAGUGUCGUUCUUGUGGUCUUGGACUUUGCUCAGCGUCGGGUGCUGCUCCCGAAUCAUAUCCAGCAUUUCGUCGUAGCCCAGCAUCUUGCCCUUGCUCCAUUUGUUGCCGUCAAAGGGCAUGUACUCAAUAAAACGGAUCUCGAGGUCCUUUUCGCGUGUCAACUCAACAAACGGCAGGAUUUCACGGUCGUUGACGCCACGCAUGACCACGCAGUUAAUCUUGAGUUUUACGCCGGCGCCCAGCUUGUUCAUUUCCAGAAUGCGGUCGAUGCUCUUCUGCACGGCCUCGAAGCCCUUUCGCCUCGUCAUGAUUUGGAACUGCCACGGGUCCAGCGUAUCCAAGCUCAGGUUUAUCCCCGUGAGCCCCGACUCCACCAUGCUGUCGAGCUUUCUAUGCAGCGAGAUGCCGUUUGUAGUAAUACACAGCUCCUUCAGUCCAUGGCUUCGAAGCGAGCCGAUCUGACUCAUCAGCGGCAGAAUGUCGCUGCGCACUGUCGGCUCGCCGCCUGUGAGCCUAAUCUUAGUAACGCCCUGCGAGACGAAGCUGGAAGACAGCAUGACAAUUUCUGGCGUUGUGAGAAGGUCGCGGUUCGGAGAAAGAGGCACGCCCUCUUCGGGCAUGCAGUAAAGGCAGCGCAAGUUGCACCGCUCGGUGAUGGAGAUGCGCAGGUAAUCAUGCUGCCUGCGGAAGUUGUCGGUAAGGAAGUCGGAAAAGGGUUUCGCAUCGCGGAUCUUUUCUCUCCGUGACGGUGCAAGUUGAGUCUGUGUAUGUGAUUCGGUAGAGGGAGUUGCUGCUGCUGCUGAUGUUGCAAAUCGCCGCCUUGUAGUGGCGUGCCUCGUGCAGCUGGUGCGGGCGACGAGGCCUGCCCUCAUGCUCUUCAUGGCGACGAAUGUGGUGAUGUUGGAAUUAAUACAUUUGAUAAUAAAUACAAUCGGUAAUGAGCAAGAUGUGGUGCAGUAUCGUUUCAGAACAAGCAGACAAAAUGGAUGUUGGAGAUGUUGGAGAAGAAGAAAACGGAUUGCAAAUGGC